AUGUAUCUCCGUGGACCCUGGGUCAGGGCAGCUUCACACAAGGAGGUUUCUCCCAACUACAGCGGCUCCGGGAGUAUCUUCAGUCUCGGGCAGCUAGUAGCCGCAGCCGUCUCUCGUGGUUCAGAUAACUCAGUCCUCCGCCUGGGUGUUUCUGCGGCCCAAGAACACGGGCACCAGAACAUAGAAAGGGUGCGCGCCACAGAGAUGCCACUGCCCAGCCUUGGCGAUGCUGUCGAGCUUGUCAAGUUGUACUUCGAUGCACUACACGUUACUAUGCCGUUCAUGAGACAAGCAGAUGCCUUCCAGCAGCUUGAGCGACUGUAUACUGGCACCCCGGCCUAUACUGGACAUGACAAGACUCAAGAUCUCUUCCAGCUUCACAUGAUAUUUGCUAUCGGGGCCAUGCGUUCUCCUGGGAGAUGGAAGGAAGACUACGCAAGAGACCAUUAUCUGACCGCUAUGAGCAACGAGGCUCACCUUGGUCAAGUGCCGCCUCCUGCACAGAUACAGAAUCUGCUCCUAGUCUUUGUCUUUGCUACUCUACACGACGUCGGCAUCGCGAGUACUUGGGAGAUUAUCAGACAAGCCAUGAGGGUCUGUGUGAAAUUUGGCUUCCAUAGUCGGGAGACGGCGGAGCACGACCGGCUACAAGAGCAGCUACGGCGAAAAAUAUUCUGGUCUGCAUACAUCUCGGAUCGACACUGCAGCCAGAACUUGGGUCGACCUGUAGCUCUGGCUGAAGAGGAUAUCACCAUUGAGCUUCCAAUCAACCAGGAUGACGGCCAGAUCAAGGCGGGCGAGCCAGAGAUUCCUGGGCGAUACACCGAAGUGACGAACUUGGUGAGACACACCCUCCUACGACGUCUUGGUACGAAUGCGCGGAUAGCUUUGAACCGUUUAUCACGACAACAAGCUUCUCUAGCAGAGCAGAUAGAGACUGCGAAAACAUGGACCGAUGCGCUUGAGGUUUGGUACAACUCUAGUGUUGUCAAGCCUACCCCUACAAACGCAUACGAAACCAAGCAAUAUCUCGAUAUCAACUUUCACCGCGAGCGGAUGAAGUUCUUGUCGUAUCUGGUUCUUCCCUCGGACAACGCGCAGAACGCGACCGCGAGUAUCGAGCACUUGUGGCAGUAUACCCUCUCGGCUUACCAAAUUCUGCUGGCGUAUCAGAAGCAGUCCAACGACGGUUUCUUGAAACCCAACUGGACGUACGUGCAAGACGUGUUAAAAUCAGGUUUUGGCAUUCUCUACUGUGCAGUAGGCAUACCAGAGCAUCGACGUCACAACAAUGACGGGGUCAGCCUGACGCCCUCAGAGUUGGACACGGUCGUCAACGGCCUCAAACUAUGCGGUGAAACGUUGAGCAAGAUUACGGCUGAGUGGCAGACGGUACAGCGUCACGCAAACGCGUUUAUGCAGAUGUCUGAGGCUGUGCUUGAGCUCAUUGCGAGCACAACCCGGAAUGCGACGCGGGAGCAAAGCCACGCGGAAAAUGGUGGCGAGAGGCUGGAAGAAACCAUGGACUGGGAUUUUGAUGCUCUUGAUUCAACGUUGAAUAUGUUCCAAGGGGAAGGGAUUGAGCCGUUCACUGAUACUGAGUGGGCUGAAUUGUUCGAGUUGGCUGUCGAAGCAGAUGGGGAGCUCACUAUGCCCAUGUAG